AUGUCGCAGCAAACCCACCGCGUGAGCGAUACUAAAGACAAGAAGGAUACGGUUCCGGAAGUUACUUCGAACGAUGAGGAAGUCUGCGACGAAGAAGGUUCUGAUGAUGAAUUCCUUGAGCUUGAUAUAUUGCCACUACCCAAGUAUGGCGGCACCACGUGGAACAAGGACGAUCGCGGUUAUGAGAACAUCCGUCGUCCAUCGAUGUUUCCAAACUCAGCAUCCAAGACCCCAGCUUCGUUCGAAACCGUAAUCGAAACUUUGGAGAGACAAUUGCAAGAAAAGCAAGACGCAAGACGCAGUGAACUUGAAGGAGAAGAAGUGCCGGAAGAUCAGAUCGAGGCGAAGCUGAAGGCAGAGUUUGGUGAACCUCGGAAAGAGCUACAGCGGAAAAGAGACUCAUUGAGAAGGGGGUAA